AUGGAGGGCUAUACCAAAAUAGCCAGCUUCAUGGGUUUGCAUCCCGAAUCCGCCCAGGUUUUGCGUUUCAGUGAUUUGAAUCUGCAAAACAUCCUCUACCUCCAGGCCGAGAUAUACGGGCUGCGAGAAGACCUGCGGAAGAUCGAGGCCCAGACCCAAAACGCCUCAUCGGAUGAUUUGAAGGAUUUUGCUCUGGACUGGUUCACGUUGGCCAGCACUCAAGACGAAAACGGCAGGGUGAAUCAACAAUGGCAGAAAUUCCUGCAGUUGCGACCACUGUUGAAGGAAUACAGUAUCCAUCCCAUUUCAUGCAUCUAG